AUGAAGGUCAAGAGAAAGAGUCCCCUCACCAGUGUCAAUUUACGUCCCUUGAGACCCGUUCGCAUCUGGAAAUUUUGCUCGCGUCUGGAAGAAAAAAAUCGACCGAGCAGCUGCUCAUAUCUGGAAAAGCUCGCACAUGGAUGCACUCGUGCCGCUCUUAACAAAGGAUGUUACAGUGCUAUGAUUUACAUCCUUCUCGAAGUCACAUAUAAGAAUGAAAAACAAGUGGGAGGUGCCCAGAUACAACAAUUUAGAAGUAUAUACACCUACCAUCCGACCACUCGACUUACAACCGUGUUUUAUAUGCCAAAUUUCUGAGAAAUAAACAACUGUUUGUAUUGUACACAGUGUUUACCCUAAACCUUACAGUAUAAAAUACAGUACUAACAGCAUAAAAAGUAAUGUAAAAAAUGAAAUACCAGAAUAAAACAAUAAAAUAAAGCAUUGCAAAAAUGUGAUGUUGAUAUUCAGUAGUAAGGUUCGACUUGCAUCCAUUUUGACUUACGACCAGUUGGUUGGAACCAAGCUCGGUCGUAAGUCGGAUGGUAUCUGUAUAAAGAUAUAUAACAUAUCCCUCCAAACUGCCAAUAUCCCAAACUCCUCCUUUAAAGUGCAGGCACUGUACUUCCCAUUUCCAGUACUCAAGUCCGGCUAUAUAAAAACCAGUUUCCCUGAAUCCCUUCACUAAAAAUUAUAUAAAUUAAAAAAGAAAAAACGAAAAAAGGUAUAUCAGCAACACUUCUGCAAGUGGCAGGACUCCAUGUUGCCGUCAGGUUAGCAUCCAGCGCUAACUUCGCAGUCUUAUAUCUCAGUAAGUACUGACCCUAAAAAAAAUUUUUUUGGUCUUAUUACACACAAAAAAUUACCCUCCUUAAUUUAAUUUUUGUUUUUUUCCAAAAUAUUUGGAACGCGGGGCAAGAGAACAUAGAUCUACGUUUGGACAGUUAACGUGUUAAAAGCUCCCCAUUUUCAUUUUGCCCUGGCACCCCAAACUUACUAUUCCCUCCACACCAGUUUUACCCACUUUAGCAUUCAGA